GGGGAGGGGGACCCUUCUCCUGGGGGGGCUGGGGAGGGGGGCUCGGCGGCCGAGGGGUUUCCUCUCCCCCCCCGCCAUUGUUCUCGUCCCUCCGCGCCCCCCCUUCGUCUCCCCUCAGGCUGGGGCGGGGGCGGGCGGGGGGACCCCCCCCAGCUCCUGCCGUUCCAUGGUGAGGUGGAGGCGCCGCCAGCACCCAGAGAAUGGUGAAUAACACUGAAGACCCUCAAGAGGCUUUAUAACGUCCCAUCCCCAUGUAAAGUAUGCUCAGAACUUUUCCAGUAGUUCUGCUGGAAACCAUGUCUCACUACACCGACGAACCAAGAUUUACCAUAGAGCAGAUAGACCUGCUUCAGCGCCUGAGACGUACAGGAAUGACCAGACAUGAAAUCCUCCACGCGCUGGAAACCUUGGAUCGUCUUGAUCAAGAGCAUAGUGACAAAUUUGGAAGAAGGUCUAGCUACGGAGGUGGUUCCUACAGCAACAGUACCAACAAUGUCCCAGCAUCUUCCUCUACAGCCACAGCUUCAACACAGACCCAGCAUUCUGGGAUGUCCCCAUCACCGAGCAACAGUUACGACACCUCCCCACAGCCUUGCACUACUAAUCAGAACGGGAGGGAGAGUAACGAGAGGUUGUCUGCGUUCAAUGGGAAAAUGUCACCUACCCGCUACCCACUUGCAAACAGCUUGGCUCAAAGGUCGUACAGUUUUGAAGCUUCUGAAGAGGACUUGGACAUUGAUGACAAAGUGGAAGAACUGAUGAGGAGGGACAGCAGCGUGAUAAAGGAGGAAAUCAAAGCCUUCCUAGCCAAUCGGAGAAUCUCCCAAGCAGUUGUUGCACAGGUAACAGGUAUCAGUCAGAGCCGGAUCUCCCAUUGGCUGUUGCAGCAGGGGUCGGACCUCAGUGAACAAAAGAAAAGGGCAUUUUACAGAUGGUACCAGCUUGAGAAGACAAAUCCUGGGGCUACGUUAAGCAUGAGACCCGCUCCUAUCCCAAUAGAAGAGCCAGAAUGGAGACAGACGCCUCCCCCAGUCACAGCUACCUCUGGGACCUUCAGACUACGGCGAGGCAGUCGGUUCACGUGGAGAAAGGAGUGCCUGGCUGUUAUGGAAAGUUACUUCAAUGAGAAUCAGUAUCCGGACGAGGCAAAGAGAGAAGAAAUUGCAAACGCCUGUAAUGCAGUUAUACAGAAGCCAGGAAAAAAGUUAUCGGAUUUGGAGCGAGUCACCUCCCUUAAAGUGUACAAUUGGUUUGCCAACAGAAGAAAGGAAAUCAAGAGAAGAGCCAAUAUCGAAGCAGCAAUCCUGGAGAGCCAUGGAAUAGAUGUACAGAGUCCGGGAGGUCAUUCCAACAGUGACGACGUUGAUGGCAAUGACUACUCGGAGCAGGACACUUGGCAAGUACGCAAUGGGGAGGAGGAGGGAAGAUGUUCAGAGGGAGGCAGAGAAGCAGAGAAGGUAGAAGAAGACAGGAGGAUCUGCUCCAAACAAGCAAGUUACACCAUUCACGCCACACGCAAUGAUGACAGCACUAGCCAUAGUGACCAUCAAGACCCCAUUUCAUUAGCCGUGGAAAUGGCAGCGGUAAACCACACCAUCUUGGCAUUGGCCCGGCAAGGAGCCAACGAGAUCAAGACAGAGGCUCUAGACGACGACUGAUACAAAGAAAGGGGAGGGUCAAAGCAAGAAGUAACUUAGUUUUAGACGUAGCACCUUAGCAGACUUUCCUCGGUCCUUAAUAUGUGUUCUUACAGUAUAACUUUGCAGUUUCUUGUACGUCAGUUAGCUGUUAGGGUCUUGUUCUGUGAAGAUGGCAUGGUGCCCUCAGCCUUUGCAUAUACUCUCUCAGUAUUAAUUCCCAAUAAAUAAUCAAUCAACCAACCAACCUCCCUCUCCCAGCCCCAGUGGCUAGACAAAUCUUGCUGCUCUGUCUUAGCAUUCAAAGUGCUUCCAGGUAUUUUAGACAGCCCUCAAUUACAAGUCUUAGGCUACACUUAAAAUCUUGGAUACCCUUAGAGAUCGUGUUAAAAAAAACCCCAACUAGUCUGUACGCUUUUCCUUCUCUAAGACUGAAAGGAUGCAAGCUGAGGUAGUGGCACAGGGUCGAUGGACACCAGAUCGGGAGUAUCAACAGAGAGUAAAAAGAACACUAGAAACCCCACUUCAGCAUGGGAAUAAAUGAUUUCCAGCUGCAAUAAGCCGUGCCUCACUGGUCAUACAGUGACUUGAUAUACUUUUGGGUGCUGUGCUGAGAAUGUCCAUUGGAAACACAUUCACAUAUUUCGGUUGAUGUUCACAUAUUCAACACAGACAUCCUCUACUCUCACGAGCUGCGUGGCUUAGUGGAUAAGUACUGCCUUCUGCCUCUGGGACCAUGAGUGAAGCCCAGCCUGGGAUCAUAUGAAAAAUGAGCUGAAUGUCUAAUGGACAACAGUCCGCUUCUCAAAAACCACUAUUCAUUACUUGGCAUGGCUAGCAGUGCCUGCUCAGGAGAGGUCUAGACUCUAUUGAUCUGUCACUAACGGUUUCACCUCUUAUUCUCCCUCUCGCCUUUUCUGUCCCCACCCUACUCCCCUCCCCACUUUGCCACUUCCAAAAGCAAUGUUUUCCAGGAAGGUUAUUAAGGUCAUAAAAUGGGUGAGUGGAUUUUUACACAUCCGUGUAACUCAUGCCUACGUCCUGACUAGCCCGAAAGGUUAUUGGAGAACUUUUGCAGCUGACCUUUGCUAGAUAAUCAUCAUAGCGUAAAUAUUCUCCUAAAUAACGAACUUUUGUGUUUGUUUAAAGGCAGGAGGAUCUCUUACCUGAGAAACGGGGUGUGAAUGUUUUGUGUUCUCUUUACUCUGUCCUUGUUAAGAUGUGAGAAAGCUAUACUGCUACGAGCAAUUUAAUUAAUAAUUGGAAGCCAUACUGAUAAUGGAUGUGGUAAUAUUUGUAAAGCAAACCUACUUUAAGUAGCAGAAACUAAUGGAAUUGUUUUCCUUGAUCAUAUGUAGCACUUUUGUUACUUUUUUCUUAAAGAUAUUUAUAUUUGAUAAGUCUUUUUUUUAUCAUUUGAGAAUUCAAAAUACCAAACGGCAAACUUGCAUUACAGAGUCACCCUGCGAUCACCUUGUCAUCUAGUAUCUAAAUGAUGAACUGUGUGUGCAUCUAAGAAAAUUACAUCUGCUGGCAUUGUGUGGAAAUGAUCUCCUGGCAUCCUGAUAAAAUGAUAUGUUGCUGCCGGUAAGAGGAAACAUUUCGAUGGAAACAGCACGGGAAGUGUUAGAGACGGGCAGGACUGUGUUACAUUAAAAAUAAAAAUUAAAAACCUAUGUAAAUUUUUGUAUAGAGCGGUAUAAAAAUUUGCAUAGUGUUUCCUCAACAUUCCAUUUUUUUCUCUUCCCCGUUUGUGUGGGAAUAGCUUCAAAAGGGGAAACCGGCUCAAUCUGAAGGAUGGGUUUCCCUUUUCUCCCCUCCGCUUCCAAAGGCGGAGGGAAUGAAGGGAAGCUGCUGUUACUUGGCUUGUUCUCGUCCCUUCCCUGCGCCUAGCUAUCAGGUAGCAGUGUGAACUCCUAAAAUGUGGCUCCGCAGCAAGUUUUUAGCCCGCCUAAACCCCUUCAAAGGCGUAGGCUAACUAGACCAUCUUUACAUCUUGGGAAAAUUGCUUAGGUAAGUGCGGAGGAGAUUUUGUGCUUUCAGAGGGCACAGAGUUGGCACCUCUUUGUCUCUGUAACUUUGAAGAUAUAUAGGUAGGGCUUGGCCUCGUCUUUCAUUUAUGGAUUUCAUUGGAAAAUUUAUGUGCUUUCCUUAGAUACAGAUCACUGAAGCAGAAUGAAGCCGCCUUUUUUUCUGUUUUAUCGCAUUUCUUGAGUAGGCAAAUUCAUAAGUAGCAUCAGGGCAGACUCAGGAACGAAAGGAAUUGGAUCCGUGACCAUUGCAGUUUUUUUCUUAAUGUGUGUAUGAAUGUUUUGGUACUAAGGGGUGAAAGGACGGGGAGAGCUUUUAUUUCUAUUUUUGCACAGCAGAAUGAUCGAGCAAACUAUAGCCUUAGUGGAAUUUUACCUGCUUAUUCAUACUACAGUCACACACCAAGCUGACAGGCAACAUCCACGAUUUAUAGUAAGGAGAUUUUAAUAAUCGAUGGCCUCUUUACGUUGGGAUUGCCACCACCAUUUGUUCUGGCUGUUUCAUUUUAAAAAGAACAGACUCAAACUGUUGGACAGCUGCAAUUUUAAAAGAAAUAUUGCUUACUAUACCAUCUUAAAGAAAAAAAAAAGUCAUUGUUUCAAGUGUCGCCUUUUUUAAAGCAAUAGGGAAGAAUAAAAAUAGUUGUAGAACUUCUGUAUCCUGAUUAUAGGUUCACGUGAUGCAGGAUCAAAGUAACGCCACUAAAAUUGUAUGUCUGUACCAUCUAAUGUAGAAUAAUCUGGCGUUAAUUCUGUUUGUUGCUGUCAGGUAGCUGCUGGUCUCAUCAUGCACCAGCAUCCUGUCUGAAGGUUAAACGGUUAAACCCCUUGUGAACAACUGGAGAUGGGCAGGUCCUCCUUGUCUGUAGCUUCCUGGUAGACACCAGUUUUCUGCUUUCCCACAUCAUCUUCUCACCAGAGAAAAUAUUUAACAAAUGACUUAACUGGGAAAUCAGACGCUUAGUUCCAUGGUGUCAGUUUUUUGGGUUGCCCGUGUCUCUCUUGGCAUUCUUUGACCAUUGAGAGGUACGAGGGAAAAGUAAAGACUUCAGCUGUUAUCAGGAUGCUCUCGGCAGCCUGUUUCCUUCAUUCUGAAAGUUCAUAAUGAACAGUUUGCAGCUGGCUAUUAACUUUUUGGUUUCACAUGAAUUAGCGAAAAUGGAACAGGCGCUGGUGUGAUGAUACCAAGAGAAGCGUACGUGAUCUAGAGUAAGUGGAAGAAUUGGUGGAGAGUGUGUCCUGGAAUUUAGCCUUCGUUCCAGGGUGUUUUACGCAAUAUGG